AUGGCACUCACAUUAGUACAGUAUCGUUUUGACGUUGUUUUACAUUACGUUAUGGUUAGUAGAAAAACGUUAUUUACUACUGAUGGCAAACAAACCACUAUAGCCCAGUUGGAAGAGCGCAUCCAAGCUUUAGAAGCAAGCAAAACACAAUAUCCUGAAGUGACAUUUUUGAGCUAUAAAGAUCGAAAACGUAUUCUUGUAACAGGCGGCGCAGGGUUUGUUGGUUCACACCUUGUCGAUCGUCUUAUGUUACAAGGACAUGAAGUUAUUGUUGCUGAUAAUUUUUUUACGGGUAGAAAACGUAAUAUUGAACAUUGGAUUGGACACGAAAAUUUUGAAUUAAUCAAUCAUGAUAUUGUGAAUCCAUUGUUUAUCGAAGUUGAUCAAAUCUAUCAUUUGGCAUCACCUGCCUCUCCUCCCCAUUACAUGUGGAAUCCUGUGAAAACAAUCAAGUUUUUUAUUUUAGGUUUGGCACGAAGAGUUCGUGCACGUUUCUUAUUUGCUUCUACAAGUGAAGUGUACGGUGAUCCAGAAGUUCAUCCACAAAAGGAAACAUAUUUUGGAAAUGUUAAUUCAUUUGGACCACGUGCAUGCUACGAUGAAUCAAAACGUGUUGCCGAAGCCAUGUGUUAUGCUUAUGCUAAACAAGAAAGAAUUAGUAUUCGUAUUGCUCGUAUAUUCAAUACUUAUGGUCCACGUAUGCAUAUGAACGAUGGCCGUGUUGUCAGUAAUUUUAUACUACAAUCAUUACAAAAUGAGUCAAUAACAGUGCGUAAUACGCCCUAUAUUUAUGGUACUGGAAAACAAACCCGAUCAUUUGCGUAUGUCAGUGAUUUAAUUGAUGGAUUAAUAAGUUUAAUGAAUAGUAAUUAUUCGAGUCCAGUAAAUAUUGGUAAUCCAGAUGAAUAUACAAUCGAACAAUUUGCAUUGAUUAUCAAAGAUCUUGUUGGUGCAAACAGUUCUCUUGCUUUCAAAGAGGCUGUUACAGAUGAUCCACAACAAAGAAGACCCGACAUUACAUUAGCUAAAACACUGUUAAAUUGGCAACCAAGGGUCAAACUUAUUGAAGGCCUUAAUAAAACCAUUGCCUAUUUUCGAAAUGAAUUACUUGUUAAACAUCAUAGUGAACGAAAUGUUUAUUUUCCAACAGAAUGGAUACAUCACUCUGAUUUAUCGACUACUGUUACCGUAACAUCAGCCUCCAACUUACGUGAAGAAUUCUAA